AUGUGUGCAGAGGAACGGGAGCUUGACUUUCGCGUUCCCAGGAAGUUAAUAGAUUUGAACAAACGUACGUUAAAUUGCGCGGGAAUUUGGCCAGAAAAGAUUCACGAGCCAGUUUUCAUUUUUUUCUCUGUUUACUUGGUUCUACAAUGUACGAUGGGAUUCGUCACGAUUACCGAUAACAUAUCUGAUAUGGAAUAUGUUAUUGCUUGCUUAGAAGAGAGCUUGUACAAUUUUAUGGCGCUAUUCAAGAUAUGCAUAUGCAGAAUGAAAAGCAAUUCGUUGGCCGAAAUUUUAAAGGAGAUCAAAGUCGAUCUUAUUCCAGAAAGAUACAAAACCGAUGAGGAAAAGAUUGCUUUUUUAAAUUAUAACAAUUUUAGUCUAAAGCUCGUUAUAUUCAGUUUAGGAACAAGCACCAUAGCCGCUUUGCUGUAUUUUCUGUCCAUUUUAGCUAUCAACAUUGAAAUGGUCGUUGCAAAUUCAUCUUACGGAUACGUAUUGCCAUACAAAACACCUCCGCCGAUCGAGCCGACAAAUCUGAUAAUCUACGUUUUUCUUUGUCUAUAUGAAUUUGUAAUUGUACUAAUUUUAAUCUUCGGUUACGUCGGAACUGAUUGUCUAUUCAUCAGUUUGGUACUACACGUCAGCGGUGUAAUCUCUGCACUUUCCACCAAAGUAAAGCACGUUUUGGACAAUCCGGAGAAUCGUAAAUGUCGAAUAAAAAUAUUAAUUAUGAAUCACAACCGACUAUUACGGUUAGCUGAUUCUUUGGAAAGCGAAUUCAACCUACUAAUUUUACAACAAUUAAUGGGAAGUACCCUUCAUCUAUGUCUUCUUGGUUACGACGCGCUCGUUUGUUUAUCGACAGGAGAGCAAAGAAAGUUAAUCGCUUUUGUCAUAAUUGCAUGUCGUGUUUUAAGCACGCUAUUAGCUUAUUGCUAUAUCGGAGAGUGUCUUAUUAAUGAAAGUACAUCAUUUGGUGAAUCGUUUUAUCACUGCAAAUGGUACAACAUAUCACAAGAGGAGAUUAAAUUAAUGCACAUUUGUAUGAUGCGAUCGUCAAAACAAAUGCAACUGACCGUAGGCAAAUUCUUCGUCUUGUCGUUGACUACAUUCACAGAUGUUGUCAAGACAUCAAUGGCGUAUUUAUCCGUACUUCGAACGUUUAUGUAGAAAGAAUGUUAACGAAA